AUGUUUAAAAAACUAAAGGAUAAGUUGGCUGAGGAGGUGAAAUCAUCGCCCCAGAGGAUUCAGCAGUUUGCCCAGGCUGCUCAGGCUGCUGUCACAUCUGCCUCCAGUAGUAUAACUGAUAUCACAAAUAGUGAUUUAUUCUCAAUUGGAGAUAAUGAUGGCCAGCAACCUCGCCCAGCAAAACCACAAUCAUCAUCACCAAAUGGUCAGCAGAAUACAUUCCAAGAUGUGGCUCUUCUGGAGCCCUUACAGCCUACUGAACCAGUGGACUACAUGUCUUCACAUGAUAUCCUUGACCAACAGAGACAGAGGCGACUAUCAAACAGCUCAUUUGCAAGUGAUGUAUCCUUCAGACUGCCUAGUUAUGAAACUCCUUCUAUGUACCAUUUACAGUCUGAUAUGGAGGUCUCUGCUAGUGAAGCUGAAGAGCGAGGUUUCUCUAGUGGAAAUGUCAGUCUUGAUCGGGUCACAAAAGAACAACUGUAUGCUGCAUACCGACGCACACAAGAAAGAUAUACAAAGUACAGAACCCAAUAUGGUGACCUAGCUCGUCACUACAAAUUAUUGGAAAGAGAAAAUGCUAAAGCAAGGAGUGUCUUGGUCGAAACUCAAGAUAAAGCCCUAAGAAGAAUAUCAGAACUUCGAGAGCAAUGUGCGUUGGAACAAAGUGCAAAAGCCCACCUAGAAAAAGCUCUUCGUGUUGAGAUUGAAGAAAAGUGCAUGAAAAUUGAGACUCUUAAUACUAAAGUCCAAUUACUACAAAGUAAUUCAAAUAUUUCUAGUAGUGAUAAAAAUGAGAACAAAACUAAAUCUACUGAAGGAGAUGGAGAUGUACAACUAAUAAAUCUAUCUAAUGAUAAUGAGGGAAAUCAAAUCAGUGAAGAAUCUUCAGCAGCAGAAAUAAUCACACUGAAUAAUAAGAUUGAAAAAAUGGAACAGCUUCUAAACAAGUACAAAGAAUCUUUGAAAUCGAGUAAAGAGAAAAACUCCCAAAUCACUACAGAGAUACAAAUUCUUUCAAAUGAGCUUGAAAACAAAAAUAAAGAAAUUGAACAACUUAAAGUCAGUUCUGAUCAACUGGUAGAAUCCAAACAAAAAAUCCAGGAAUUAAAUAAUAUAAACGAAGAAUUACAGAACAAAAUUAAUGUGUAUGAAUUUAAUAAAUCAAGAGAGGUAUCGACAUUAGAACUCGACUUCCAAAAAGCCCAAGAAGAAAUAUCUGAACUACGCGGUAAAAUUGAAGUAUUUAGCAAGCGAGAAGAGGAGUAUGCUAUUUCUUUAGCAGAAAAUAAAUUGAGUAUACACAAAGAGUUGGAAAGCAAAGAAUCAGAAAUUAAAUCUCUAAAAGAUUACUUGGAGGCAAGCAAAAAAGAAAUACAAUCAUUGAAUAUAGUCAUAAAUGACUAUAAAAACAAUGUAACGGCAUUAGAAGCGGAAAAAGUAAAACUUAGUCAAGAUAACUCUGAACUGAAUUCAUUCAAAACUAAGAUUUCUGAGUUGGAGGCCCAAAUAGAAGAAUUGACGAAAAAAUGUCAUAAUUUAGAACAAACGAAAACAAAAGCCGAUGAAGGGUACAAAUGUCUUCAGUUACAAAUGAAACAAGAAACUGCAGAGAAAUUAGCCAUGAUUGACAGGAACACAUAUUUAGAAAACAGGAACACACAGCUAAGUGAAGAAAAUUCAAAGAAAAGCACUCAGAUAGGACAAUUAGAAACAGAAUUGCAAAAAAGAGAAAAGAUCUUAAAGGAUCAAGCCUUGGAAGACUCCAAGAAAGAUGAAGUUCUUGAAGAAUUGAGUAUAUGGAAAGACAAAUAUGCGAAACUAGAAUCCGAAAUACAAGAAGAAAGAGAUGAAUUGAUCAAAUUACAAUCGGAAAUUGAAAAAUUGUUAGCAAAUCACGAGUUAUUACAAACCCAAAAUAUCGAAUUCCGUAAGGUUAUUACUGAAUUGAAAUCUGAGAAUGCAAUCAUGCACGAAAAAGUUGUGAAAAAUACUAAAAUGAAAGCAGGUAUUGUGAAACUUGCAAAUGAAAUUCUGGAUUUGAGAAAACUUAUCUUUUUAAUUUCGAGUGAGGCCAAGUCCUUACAAGCCAUCAACAAUGAAGCAUUUAUAUCCUUAACUAAAGAAAUAAAUUAUGCUUUCAACAACAUUUCACAUUGCGAAACUAAUUCCAAUAAUAACAAACUGAAUGAGUUAAGACAAGAAAAUAACAAGUUGCAGAAAGAACUGAAAGUAGGUGUAGAAAAAUAUGACAUACUGAAUUCAGAAUUAAAUGCUCUCCGUGAUGAAAAUAAUAAUCUGAAGUCAACUAUUACUGAGUUUGAGGUACAAAAGAACCUCAUAGAUGAAGAAGUAAAAAAUAUCACAGAACGUUAUGAAGUAGUAAAAAAUGAGCUAAGUUUCAUUAAAGAGGAAAAAGAAAACUUACAGUACAAGAUCAAAGAAUAUGAAAACAACUUCCAAAAUCUACAAAUAGCCAUGGAGUUUGAAAAAACACAGUAUCUCGAAUCUAAUGAACAACUGAAGCUGUUGGAAAAUGAGAAACAGACAUUGGUGGAGAAACUGGAUUCCUUGACUAAUGAUAGUAACGUGGCGACAAAAGAAUUAGUUGCCCUCAAAGAUGUGCACAACAAUACAUUGGGUGACCUUGAUGCUAUAAAGAAUGAGAAUAAAAAGUUGAUUGUUCAAACAGAGGAACUCAACAAACAAAUUGCCAGCAUAAAUAAGUUACAAGAAGAUAAUAAAAAUUUAACACUAGAAAAUACAUCUUUGAAGACAAAAUUACAAGACAUUACCGAAAAUCAUAAAAAACUGGAAACUGAAAUCAAUGUUGUACGGAAAUCACAUGCUGAUAUGGAAGUGGAAAAAGAUAAUUUGAAUGAAAUCAAUAAUACAUUGACUGUUCAAACAGAAGAACUCAAGAAACAGAUUGCUAGCAUUAAUAAGUUACAAGAAGAUAACAAAACUUUAACACUAGAAAAUAUAUCUCUGAAAACUCAAGUAGAGAGUAUUGCUGACAGUUAUAAAAAACUGGAAACAGAAAUCAAUGAUGUCCGAAAGUCACAUGCUGAUAUGGAAGUCGAAAAAGAUCAUUUGAACGAAAUCAUAGGAAAAUUGGAAAGUAGUUCAUGUAAAAACACACAAAACAAUGAAUGUCAAACAGAUGAUCUAUUAGCACAAACAGCAUCCGAACAGGAAGUAGAAAGUGUCCAAGCAAGUGACCUUGGUCAAGUGAACUCAACUAGCAGAGAAGAUAGCAAUCUAGAAAAAGGCAUCCCUUCAGAUGAUCAGUACAAAUCAUUAAAAACUGAUUAUGAUGCAUUAAAAGAAGAAAAUAGACGUUUUAAAUCUGACAUUGAAGGCUUACAAACAUAUUUAACUAAAAUAUCAAAGGAAAACAGUGUUUUGAAUGAUAAACUCCGGGAGCUUAUAGCUACAAGUGAGCAUUCCACUGAUAACACUGAUGUUUCAAAUGAUUUGACAGAACUGAAAAAAGAGGCUGAGUUCAGGAAAGAGAAGAUUGAUGAUCUGUUACGAGAAAAUAUGUUACUGGUCGAAGAAAAUUUGGAACUCAAGGAUCAACUGCAGUCCCAAAAUUAUCCUAAGCCAGAAAUAAACUCGCAAGAAAACGAUAAUUCAUUAAAGGAAAAGUACAAUAAUUUAUUGCAAGUAAACAGCACAUUAGAAAAACGACUUAACGAUUUAGAGCAAAUGAACAAGUCUGUGAAUGGUAACAUGUCACAAAUUCAGGAAAAGAAUGAGAAGUUAAGAUUGUCUAAUGAAAAACUUGAGAGGCGUCUUGAUGAGGCUCUCGUUAGUCUAAGACAUUUACAUUCGUUACAAGAAAAUACAGAGCUAGAAUAUUUGCGCAAUAUACUUUAUGAGUACCUUACUGGUUCUGGAACACAUUCCGUUACUUUAGCUAAAGUGUUAGCGGCCAUAGUCAAGUUUGACGACUUGCAAACCAAACAAGUUUUGCAAAAAGAAAAAGAACGACAAGGAUUCUUGCGACAACUUGGCAUUAUAUGA